AUGGCCACGUGGGUUUACAACUUCGGUGAUGGCCAGGCCGACGGCCGAGCCGAGAUGAAGAACUUGCUAGGCGGCAAGGGUGCCAACCUUGCGGAAAUGGCUUCCAUCGGCCUGCCGGUGCCUCCCGGGUUUACGCUCACGACGGAGAUCUGUACCCACUUCUAUCAGAAUGAUUGCAACUAUCCCAAGGAGCUCAACAAGCAGGUCGAGGAGGCACUGGCUUUGGUCCAGAAGCGCACCGGCCGUGUCUUUGGCGACUCCACCAACCCACUUCUGGUCUCUGUCCGCUCUGGGGCGCGCGCGUCCAUGCCAGGAAUGAUGGAUACCGUGCUCAAUCUGGGCCUGAACGAUCAGACCGUGGAAGCUUUGGCGAAGAAAUCUGGUGACCGGCGCUUUGCCUUCGAUAGUUACAGGCGCUUCGUGCAGAUGUACUCCGACGUGGUCUUGGGCAUCGAGAUCAGCCACUUUGAGAAGCAUUUGGAGCGUGCGAAGGAGAAGCGCGGUGUGAAGCAGGACUGUGAGCUUCUCGCUGAAGACUUGGAGAAGUUGGUCAAAUCGUACAAAGCUGUGGUGCAGUUGGAGCUGGGCGAGGACUUUCCCGAAGAUCCGAAAGCCCAGCUGUGGGGUGCAAUUGGUGCUGUCUUCAACUCCUGGAUGAACCAGCGAGCCAAGACGUACAGGGAGACGAAGGUCCUAGUUCAAAUCUUCAGCGUCGAUGGCAGGAACAGAAUCAGCGUGGCCGAGAGGAAUUCCACUCUGGAAGGCUAUGUGGCCCCUUUAAUCAAGCGACCGCAUCGUUUGAAUGGCAACUAUGAUGAUUCGGACUCCGAGGAUCAUGGCGGCAAGAUCAUCAACUCAGACGAAGAGGACGAGGAGAAGGAAGGUGCCGCACCUGACGUAGCCGUCGACCAGGAGGAGGGGGAGGAGGAGGACGAGGAGGACGACGAGGAGUCAGACAAACUGACCUCAGCAGCCAAGGCUUUCAAAUCCCUCAAGAAGAUGGGAGAGGAGGCCCUGUCCUUCAAGAAGUUUGAGAAGGACCACAAAAAGACGGAUCGGGUCCGAAGUCAUCAGAUGAGCCUAGACCGGGUCACGUCUGCGUCCGCAGCGACUCUGCGGGGGCAGGGAUGGUUACCCGGUGCUGAUGCCAAAGAAGCAGUGUUGCCCUCGGAGAUCGGUGUGAAGAGGAGAGCGGACGAGCAGGAGGGGGAGGUGGAGCUGAAAGGCAGAGGUAAGGGCCAGGAAAAGGGCGGCGACAAGGGAAAGGGCAAGGGCAAGAUGACCGUCAAGGAGCUGACAAAGUUGAAGCGUUUCAAGGGGCAGUCUGGUCUCGACCACAACGGAAAGGUCUGGAAGCCAGAGAUUUGGAUGAAUAUGCGCGCCGAAUUCGACUGA